UCGACGCCAGUGCCUGGUUUCGGUAACAUGUGUGUCACUUUCAUCUCAUCGCGCCCCUUUGUUCACGGAACAUAUGCCUGAAUCAGUGACAUUUAAACGACCUGUUUUGGUAAUUCGACUCCUUUACCAAAUACGAACGGAAAUCAAUAGUUUGUUUCUAAUACAAUCAGCUGCUCGUAGAGUCGUCAGCGGCGCCAUUGUUGGUGAACAAUCGAAACACAAAUGGCAGCCAUUUUGCUGAGAAGGAGAAGGCGAGUACUUGUCAAUGGUUGACUUUAAACACAAUUUUUUAUAUUUAUUGUGCUCCAUUUAUUAGUUCGAAUUAAUUUUCAAAAUUUAUUUAUUACAUGUGUCUAGUGAAUUAGUAAAUCAUGUCGGGAGAACGAGAAAUCGCGGCUGAAGAUAGUAUUAAAGUGGUUUGCCGAUUUCGACCACUGAACGAUUCAGAAGAGAAGGCUGGUAGUAAGUUUAUUGUGAAAUUUCCUUCGGGUGGCGAGGAAAACUGCAUUUCCAUUGGCGGAAAAGUAUACUUGUUUGACAAGGUCUUCAAACCAAAUGCAACACAAGAAAAAGUUUACAAUGAAGCCGCCAAAUCCAUUGUGUCAGAUGUAUUAUGCGGCUACAAUGGUACGAUCUUCGCAUACGGUCAGACAUCUUCUGGCAAGACACACACGAUGGAGGGGGUCAUCGGGGACCAGGGUAAGCAAGGUAUCAUUCCCCGUAUCGUCAACGAUAUCUUCAACCACAUAUACGCCAUGGAGGAGAACCUGGAAUUCCACAUCAAGGUGUCCUACUUCGAGAUAUACAUGGACAAGAUCAGAGAUCUCUUGGAUGUGUCAAAAGUCAACCUGAGUGUACACGAAGACAAGAACCGUGUUCCCUUUGUAAAAGGUGCAACGGAACGAUUCGUCUCCAGUCCUGACGAGGUUUUCGAAGUCAUAGAGGAAGGAAAAGCUAAUCGUCAUAUAGCUGUCACAAACAUGAACGAACACAGUUCCCGAAGUCACAGUGUUUUCCUGAUAAAUGUGAAGCAGGAGAAUCUUGAAAACGAAAAGAAACUCUCUGGUAAACUCUACUUGGUCGAUUUAGCUGGAAGUGAAAAGGUAAGCAAGACUGGUGCGGAAGGUACAGUAUUGGACGAGGCGAAGAACAUCAACAAGUCACUGUCGGCUCUGGGUAAUGUGAUCUCUGCGCUGGCAGAUGGUAACAAAACUCACAUUCCGUACCGAGACUCGAAGCUGACGCGGAUACUACAGGAGAGCUUGGGUGGCAACGCUCGUACCACCAUCAUUAUCUGCUGUUCACCUGCCAGCUUCAACGAGAGUGAGACCAAGUCUACUCUGGACUUUGGCCGCAGAGCGAAAACAAUAAAGAACGUUGUUACGGUCAAUGAGGAGCUGACGGCUGAAGAAUGGAAGCGGCGUUACGAAAAAGAGAAAGAAAAGGUUGGCCGGCUGAAAGGAAAACUGGAGAAAUUAGAGUUGGAAUUGAGCAGAUGGCGACAAGGCGAGACGGUCAAUCCGGAGGAACAGGUUAACCUGCAGGAGGCAAUCGAGGCUGUUACACCAGUUGCACCUCCCCCCGAAACAAAGAAAGAUGUGGUGCUUGGACCGAUGCCAGCGACACCAGGUGCCGGAAUCAUGGUAGGUUCCCUGUCCAACGAGGAGAGGCAGAAGCUGGAGGAGGAGCGAGAGAGACUCUACCAGCAGCUGGAUGACAAGGAUGAGGAGAUAAACCAGACCAGUCAGUACGUGGAGAAACUGAAGGAACAGAUGAUGGAACAAGAAGAGUUGAUAGCGUCGACGAGGAGAGACUUUGAGCUGCUGCAGCAGGAGAUGUCGCGGAUCACGCAGGAGAAUGAGAGCUCCAAGGAGGAGGUGAAGGAGGUGCUGCAGGCGCUGGAGGAGCUGGCGGUCAACUACGACCAGAAGAGCCAGGAGGUGGAGACCAAGAACAAGGAGAAUGAGCAACUCACCGAGGAGCUAAUGCAGAAACAGAGCACGCUGAACGCCACCUCAUCUGAACUGCAGCAGUUGAAGGACAUGUCGACUCACCAGCGGCGCAGGAUCACAGAGAUGCUGACCAACCUCCUCAAGGACCUGGGCGAGAUCGGCGUGGCCAUCGGUGGUGAGGGUGAGAUGAAGUUGACAGGUGACAGCAAUGGGAAACUGGAGGAGGAGUUCACGGUUGCCAGGCUGUUCAUCUCCAAGAUGAAGUCGGAGGUGAAGAACUUGGUCCAGCGUUGCCAAGGCCUUGAGACCUACCAGACUGAUUGCAACAAGAAGAUCAGCGAGUACGAGAAGGACUUGGGCGAGUGUAGGCUUCUGAUCUCGCAACACGAGGCCCGGAUGAGGAGCUUGCAGGAGUCGAUGAAGGAGGCAGAGAACAAGAAGAGAGCCCUGGAGGAGAAUGUGGAUGCGCUCAGGGAGGAGUGUGCGAAGAUGAAGGCAGCAGAGCAAGUGCAUGCUGUGUCGUCCAAGGAGAAGGCCGAGGAGAAGGAAAAGGCGGCCACAAUGAGGGUGGCACUGGAGGAGCAGAUGGACCAGCUGAGAGAUGCGCACCAGAAGCAGGUCGGCGAACUGCGAGACGAGAUCAGCGAAAAGCAAGCACUCAUCAACCAGCUCAAAGAUCUGAACCAGAAGUACACCUUGGCACACCAGCAACUACAGCAGGAGUAUGAGAAGUUAAAGCAAGAGGAGACUGAAAAAAGCAACCGGCUUCAAGAGCUCAUCCUGACAAACGAAAGGCGAGAGCAGGCCAGGAAAGACCUGAAGGGCCUGGAGGAUACAGUCGCUAAGGAGCUACAAACACUUCAUAACCUUCGCAAACUGUUUGUCCAAGAUUUACAGGCUAGGAUCAAAAAGUCUGUAAACGCUGAGGACAAUGAGGACGACGGUGGGUCUCUGGCACAGAAACAGAAGAUCAGUUUCCUGGAGAACAACCUGGACCAGCUGACCAAGGUGCACAAGCAACUGGUACGAGACAACGCGGACCUGCGCUGUGAGCUGCCCAAGCUGGAGAAGAGGCUAAGAGCUACCAUGGAGAGGGUCAAGGCUCUGGAGACGGCACUGAAAGAGGCCAAGGAAGGAGCGAUGCGCGACCGUAAGCGCUACCAGUUUGAGGUGGACCGUAUCAAGGAAGCAGUCCGGCAGAAAAACCUGGCACGACGCGGCCCCAGUGCACAAAUUGCCAAGCCGAUCCGAGCAGGCCCAGCACUUGCAGGGGGUGAGGCCGGUGGUGGGCCCCGGCCGCAUCCUGGGCGACGACGACACUCCCAAGCGCAAGAGCAUCAUGGGAGGCGGUGGCAACAAGGCGAGUCAUCAUCACAAAUCGAGUUAGAAGCAGAAAACGAACUGUUGGAGAUUAUCAAAAUGAGAGCUGAGCGGCCGCGGAACAAGUUUAAAUCUCACCAACUCGACCUUGAAUCACCCCUUCUUGGUUAUCUUUAUCUUCAGUUUGGUGCUCUUUGGUUUGGGGUGCAAUCUGAUCUUUUAUAAUUUCGGCCGUACUGAUAAAACAAAUUCCAAUAUAGUUGAUAAGUAGAGGCUUGUGAUUGCGUGAGUGUUGCGCGUAUGUGUGAGUGAGUGUGUGCGCGCGCACGUGCGGCUUAUAAUUUCAUCCUAGAAGUUGGUGGCGACCAAAGAUGUCUUAACGAAUUUAAUCGUUCAUCUGAAGCAUAAACCGUUAUUUAUUUCUCCUCUUGCGUUGAAGUCUGUUUUGGUUUUCAUAAAGUUCAAAAUUUACGAGAAAAGAAUGCCUUCGUUCAUGGGAACCAGUGCAAUAAUGGAGUGUACAUAAUUUAUAAGCUUUGCUUGUACCGCGCUUCUGCUCACUUAUUAUUGUGAUUCGCCGAUUACUUAAGGACUUCACGGAACGUUAUACUGUUUCUUCCGCAUUCUGCACUUGGUGUUUUUAUUUCAAGAUUGAAAAUAUUAUCAAAUUUUUCUCAAGCAUGCUUUUCGACUUAUUAUAUAAAGCAUUCGAUAUAAUGAAGAUGUGAAACUUGAAAUCAACUCUGAUAUGUAACAUCGUCUACCAACUUUAAAUUUCACCUAAAGUUUAUAAGGUCAUAUAAACAUUUAAAUACGAACGUGUUGAACGCCUUGCCUGUUGUAUUUUUAUAAUAUAUGUUAGAUUUUAUUUAUUUUAUAUAUUUUAUUUACACAACUAGUUAUAAUUUCCAUUAAGUGCAGCUCAAAUCUUUUUUAAGUAGAGCUCGUUUUAAAACCGUUUUAUCAGAACUAUGAGAUUUAUGAUGUUAUUUUGAUGGUUUUAAAAAUCACUUUAAGUUGUAGCAUGCUUCAACAUAGAAUUAUGAUUCAUUGGCUCUCGAGCUUUUUUGUUGCAUUGUUUAGAAUUAUAGUUUAAAAGUAUAAAAUGUGUUGAUUAUAUUUUAUUAAUAAAACAAGAGUUGUUUCCUUUCUACUUAUUUGAGGUGAUCCUCGCUUGUGUUUGACCACCCAGCUGCCGGGAGCGCAGACUUGGGACGUCUAAGCCUCUUGCGACUCCCGGCUGGUCUGCAGGCUUGGGCUCGAGUUGUGGAUAGCACUCAGUAAACAUAAUGAACUUAUUUUAUUAAGAAAUCAAUGUAAAGAAAUUCGCUUGUUAUAAUAGAUUAUAGAUGAGGCAUUCUUUUCUUCGGAGAUAGCCGAAAUUGCAAUGUACGUUAUAUAGACAUAUAAUUUGGUGCAAGAUGUAUCAUAUGACUUGCUGCAUUCACUCACGAUUCUGUACAGAUUUAGUUAUGUAGAUUAAUUUAUUUAACGUAUAUUUUAGUUGGUUAGGUAACCGAUUAUCCUAGUGUGAUCUUACUAUUAGAUUGUUACUUUUUUAUCGUUUGUAAUUAAUUAAUUAUUAAUCGUUCUCCGUCGGUAUAUAACUCUUGUGUUACUUUGCCUGCAUUGAGCUUAAAAUUAAUAUGAUAACAGCUGAGACUUGUUUUUAUAAAUAUAUAAUUUAACUUUAUUAAAUAAAAUCGUUAAAAAACAAGCUUACAGUAGUUCGGAGAGUGAAGAGAUAUUGCCUGACAAAUAAUUACAGAUAAUUUCUUAACUUUUCACGCUUUGACACUGCUUCUGUGUAGUAGUCGAGACCCAAUGUUGCCAACUUUAGAAAUCUAUCCCCUCGGACUUGGAGCUCGGCUGCCUGGUUCUGCCCAGUCUUUACCAAGUGCUGUUUAAUAUUAGGGAAGGAGAACGGAAUUGCUGUUUAUUAUCUGCAAUUUUAAAGAUUAAAGAAUUUAGCAGUGCAUUCUUAACGAUCGUAAUUGCUCUUUACUACUUAAAUAAAGAUCUUUAAUCCUGAACAUAAAUUUCAAACUAAAUCUUGAAUCGUUUUCUUUAAAAAUUUCAUUGAAAAAUCCAACUUGUAUCUCUUGUUGAAAUGAACUGUUCAGAGACUGGCAGAACUGAGAGUAAAAAUUUCAUGUACAAUACUUUGUAUAGCUUGUGUAUACAGAAAGUACGCACGCAUAGUUAGCCCUCGUCAGUUUUUUAUAAGGUUCAAUAUUAUUAUGUAAUUUUGAGAGAGUAAGAAGUGUUUUAAUUUGCAAGGGAAAGAGAAUAUUUUUGAGAAAUAAUUGCACUGUUAGAGGUCCUGUACGCUUGGUUUCAAGGUGACAACAAAUAAUAUACAGCUAGCAACGCU